AUGUCACAUACCUUGAAAUGGGGGCUUUUGAUCUCCAUAGCGCUUUGGUGGAAACUCAUCGGCGCCGAUAAAUCCUUCAUCUACUCCCAGGUAGGGGAGUUGAGAGCCAUCUCGGUUGGGGUGGAGGCCAACAAGAGCCACUUUGUAUAUCCGCUGAUCCUGAAUGCGGUGCAAGCACUUGGGAUGAUCCAGAUGCUCCUUCAUGCCAUGCUUUAUGUGGUCCAGCCUCAGAAGAUUGCUCCGGUAGCUUGA